CGCCUCCGACUCCGCGUCCAAGCCCGCCGCCACAUCUACAACUCUUUCGCUCUUCUCUGCGCGCGGCUGGAGGAUGCACGGUCACACCUACUCUACUUCUCCACAAAAUCGAGCUUCAAACAGCCAGCCGUCGACGGACUUUUCACUCGGCUGAAUAGAACGACGAUUCGCCUUACGAGUUUCUUCAUCGAUUGAUUUCCACUUGCAAGAAUGGCCGCCGAGGAUCCAAGAAAGUGUGCAAUGGACGCGUUGGAUAGAAGGUUUGCUGUCGCUGAAGCUGAGGUGCUGCAACAACAGAAGAGCAGCGAAAAGAGGCCGCGAUUAGAAGGAAGCAAAAGAGAAGGCAAAGGUUCUGCAACCGCCGAUGCUCGGAAAGGUGCUCUGUCACUUUGGCAAUUGAUGUUUCUGUGACUCUCAAGUAGUAAAGCA